AUGCCAUCGAAGGACCAAAUGACGACCAGAUUCAAGAAAGAGAGCUCUCGUACGCCGACGACCACUCUCAAGAGCGUCCCAGAGACGAACAAUCUUCUCGGAACACAAGUUACUCCAGACUCGGACCAAGGAAUCAGAAAUCAAUGCUCAUUUCCGGAAAGAUGGAUCAAUAAAACCGAUCAGAAUUCGAAAGAAGAAGCUGGCCGGCAGAUGGAAGUAUGCGAAUCCCAUAGAAAGGAGCAACUGACUCCGGACACGGUGCAUUUGCAAACAAAUUCAGGAGAAUCAGCUGUCUUCUCUUAUCGAAACUUUCGUGAUCUGGCAGGAGAACCUUACCCCGUGGAGUUCGAAUCAGAAGGGUGGCCAAAAAUGCGUUGUUACCACGUUGUGUCAAUUGGAUCGCCCGAGGUUCGAACUCACACGUGGCUUCUACUCCAAGACGUGAAUUGUCCAGAUAUAAGAUACUUGACUAAAGUCAACGUACAAAAUUGGAGAAGAUUUCUCACUGUAGACGACAAGGACAACGAUGGAAAUUAA